CUUUUUAACUGUUACCAUGUUGGGGCAUGGAGUUGGGGCACCAUUAAUGUCACUUGUAUUUAGCUCCAGAAUAAACUUUUAUCCCCUUUGAGGGGAUAGUUGUAUGUGAUGUUGACAGUAGGGGGAGCCCCAAUCCAGUGUGCUUGGUGUCUUCAUAGCAGAGAUGAAAACACAGAUUGGGGGACAACCUCUUGAAGAUGACAUUUGUAGACCUUGAGAGGAGCUACAAGGAGCCACCCCUUCCUCUCCUUGAUCUUACCCUCUAGUCUUCAAUUGGAAGACAUUUUUCCAAUUGAAGCCACACAGGCUGUGGUCCUGUAUAGGCAGAUGUUUAUGUCAGUGUAAUUUAAAUCACCAAAAUGUCUUCCAUCAAGCCCUCCUCUCAGUUGUGAGCUCUGAGCCAGUGGCCUGGAUGUAGAUCUGAUCACACUGUCCCAGGGCCCUUCAUUUUCCUGACUUUGCUUCCCACCAUCCUCAUCUCUCAAGAAAAAGAAAGAUUCUCCAAUGGAAGAAAGCAGGGAGUCAGGAACACACAUUUGUGAAGCAUUGUCUUCCGGAAGGUGAAGAAUCUGGAAGUACAGGAAAGCAGCGGACCAGAAGCCAUGCAAAAAACCUGCAGGGAUCUCUGGGACAGUCCUCAACAACAUUCAGCUUUAACCUGUGAUGUCACAGCAGCACCAUAGCAACGGGGACUGAGCAUACUCUGGACCACUUUGCUGGAGGAGAGAUAGGGAGAGAGGUUAGCAGAGAUGCCUUUGGUCUGAGGCUGCACUGGUGGCUCCCCUUUCCCUCUGGGUCAGGAUGGAAAAGGAUCCCACCACUCACAGGAGGCACCGGCCUGGUCCUGGAGCCCUGCCCUCAGGAGUAGUCCCUGGAUACCUCAAGGUAGCCAGUGAGGGGGCUGAACUCCAGAGGAGCAGGAGUGUGGGUGGCUUGCACCAGAAGGGCGAUCCACCGGUCUGCAUCAGGAAGCUACUACGCAAGGAGCUAGACUCUGAGGACCAAGGUAAAGAUCCACGAAGUGACACCAAUGAUACCACCUGUCAGGCGAGCCUAGAGGAAGACAGAAAGAAAAAGAGCCAGGAUGAGCCCGGAAAAGUGGACCAAACAUGUGGGAAAUUGGAGCCAGAGAAGAGCAACUCAGAGGCCAGCGCCUCAGAACAGGAUGGUGCCCAAAAAGGAAGACACACCUCAGUGGCCGAGGAGCAAGAGCCAGAAUCCAUGAAGCUGAAUAACCUUCUAGAAAAACAGAAACCGUCUGUGUUUGUGGAGAUCGACCUGGGAGACCAUACUGAGGAGGAGGUAGUCACCUGUGCCGUGAGAGAAGAGAAGAGGCCCCCACUGGAUACAGGGGACUUGUCAGAGGAUGAAACAAGGACCAGCUGGAUGUGCUGCAUCCCGUAUUCCACGAAGAAGAAGGUGAAGGAAACUGCCAAUGCAUUGGAGAAGGUACUCAAGCCCGGGAGGGCAGUGAAGGAUGGGACACUGAGCAGCUAGGAACACAGACAUGGUGUGCUCACUCCAGAGCCCCUCUGACCAGUUCCCCCGGGUUUCCAUUUCCAUCUCACAAGGUUAGCCAUCUUUGGGAGAAAGAUGGUGAUGCUAUGAUGUAAAGACUCCCUAGUCUGCUAUAGCCUGAGAAUGCCCAGGGAGGGGUCAUAAACACCACCCAGGUGUGCAACCUGGCCACCAGAAACAUGAAGAUAAGGUGUUUGUAGAUCAUGUUCUUCCUCCAUGGGAUGUGGACAG